AUGAACCAAGCACCAGGUAUAUCCACAGGGAAUUAUCACGCCUUGAUUUUUGAGCUUGCAACAUAUAGCCUCGAAGACUUCCUCGAGGAUGAAAAGUGCUACCAGAGAUUCGUCGACAAAAGUUUGGUGCUCACGAGGCUUGCUGAUAUCGAAGAGGCGUUGUAUUGCCUGCAUGUCAAUCCCAGAUUCCUUCAUCUCGAUAUCAAACCUGGUAAUAUCCUGGGUUUCGUCGAACCAGAACCAGUUCCCUCGAGCAGCAACCGCGAGAAUGGACGUGAACUGAUAUGGAAGCUCAGCGAUUUUAGUCUGGCACGGGAAAAAGACAAUACAAGGGAGAGAACCGGACGCCGGGUAUUCUCGAGUCUAUCUUCGUCCCAUCCAUCCAAACUACCAGGUCGAGACCUGCCGAAACAGAUACACAAGUAUGAUUGCGAAUACUUAGAGAACUUUAGUCCGAGCACUGGGACUAUUCCUGCCACUAAUUCUAAACUUGAGGCCGCUGUACAUCCGGAUCUGAUUAAAUGGCCGAAUGCUCUAUACGAAUCUCGUAUACAUGACUCGAAGCAGCCUCUUGUAAAAGAAAUACUGGAGAUUAUUUUCCGUCGCGUCCUUCUUGUCACACGCAAGGAAAGGAUAACGACAGUCGACCUGCAUAAGCUUUUGAAACUGAUUCCAAAACGAUGGGAAGCAGAAUUGGACAUUCAUAGCGGGGAGGACAACCAACAACAGGCGACGCUACAAAGACAGCUACCACCCAAGGCUAAAAGAAUGACAAUCACUGCACGGAUUAGACUUCACGUCCACUGCACUAUACCCCUAUAUUCCACAAGCAGCCCUCACAGCCACCCAAUUCCAUUUCGCAGUUUGAGGAAGAAGGUGUACCACCUCGCGAACCUGCAAUUAUCCGCCCUUUGCGAUGCCUUGAAGCACGACAGAGCCCACGACGUACAGAAGGAGCUGAACAAAGAUCCUGAGCUAGUCGGGAAAGCUUGUACCAACCCCAAUUGUCAAAUGCGUCCCAUACACGUAGCUUUGCGCAACUUGAGCCCGGGUAAGGCCAACGCUUUCGAUGUAGUCCUCAAGCACGCCGAUCCUGGUGUCACCAGUGCCAGAUGUUUUCACUCUGGUAAUCACACGGCGCUUGAAAGAACUGGGAGGCAUUUGAUAUCAGCAAAGACGAGUACGAUCGUUGUAAGAAGAAUGUGGGACGUAAAUCCAGGCAGCUGCUCGAGCAGCUAUACAAGAAACCCAAUUGGCGGUCUGAACAAGCGAAUUCACAGCCCAGACGAUCGAAUUCACUAG